UCCCUUGUUCUCACAUCAUUUAAUUAACGUCCUAAAGUAUGGACUGUGAGCCCAUUUUACGGAGGAGGGAACUGAGGCCCAAAAGAGGGGCUGUCACACGAGGUGGAGCCAGAAUGUGAACCCAGUUCAGCACAGGAGGCUAAUCUUCCCCUGUCAGUUUAGGGUGGUGGGAGGGUAGGAAGGAGAAAGGAAGAAGGCCAGCAGGGGCGGGCAUGGCCUCGGAUCAUCACCGUCACCUGGGCCCCUCUCUAUCUGAAGUCCCUGCCAAGGGGCGUGGGGAGGCGGCCAGGGGAGGGCUCUGCUCAGCGCAGCCUCCCCCUCCCCCAGCUCAGAGAGCUGAGCACAGAAGGACAGAGGGACAGAGGCCCCCAGAAAUGUUGUUCCCUGGAUGCAGGUCCCGGGCCCUGUCCUCCCUCUGCUUCUGCGUCCUGGUCCUGGCCUGUGUCGUGGCAUGUCAGCAAGAAGGGCCUGGGGGAACCUCGAGCCCCCCGCCAGAGCCGGCCAGUAGUUCCUGGAGCCUGGUUCCGGGCAAGAUGAAGGAGUGGAUGGAGUCGCUCGUGACCAGAACAAGAGAGAGCUGGCAGUGGUUCUGGGGCCCCAGGGCCUUCCAGGGCUUUGUGCAGACCUUCUAUGAUGACCACCUGGGGGACCUGGGUUCCCACACCCAGGCCUGGCUCCACAGCUCCAAGGACAGCCUCCUGAACAAGGCCUACAACCUGUGUCCCCAGCUGCUCUGCAGGGACAGCUACUGGGAUUAAAGUGUUCACAGCCUCUGCAAUAAAGAAGUUCUCCUCUGUCCCUGUCCCAGUCCCUCCCGGAUGCUGCCAGAGAUAACCCCACCCCAUCUGCCCCCCGGAGGUUAAGGAGUAGAGGAAGUGACAACACGAAGUGACACACGUGGCAGGGGAGCGACAGUUGGGGCGGGGGAAGGAGUGGGGGCCGGUGGGGGGGGAAUGACCCUGCUCCCCCAGUGCUGAGACCCACCACUGCAGGCUUGUGGGCGGCGCGGAAGACUUCAGGCUUCUCAGUUUGGGGUGGAGGGUGAAGGCUGGAGACCAGGCAGGGUUAACAAGCCCCCCCAGCGGCCCCUCCUUCAGCGCUCUGCGUUCACCUCGCACGGGAUGGAGACCCCAGGCCUCAUGCCCGGCGGGCAGCCAGAGCCC